AUGGAAGCAGAUAGAGGAGGCUUUUCAAAGGGGUUUGGAAGAGGUGUUAGGGGAACAAGAGGUAGAGGAAGAGGAAGAGGAAGAGGAAGAGGUUCAGCAGAAGAUGAUUUAAAGAAUUGGGUACCAGUAACAAAAUUAGGAAGAUUAGUAAAAGAAGGAAAAAUUUCAUCUAUUGAAGAAAUAUAUUUACAUUCUUUACCUAUUAAAGAAUAUCAAAUUAUUGAUUAUUUUUUUCAACCAAAUGAAUGUGCUCAUCCAUUAAAAGAUGACGUUGUUAAAAUUAUGCCUGUACAAAAACAAACUCGUGCAGGUCAAAGAACAAGAUUUAAGGCAUUCGUAGCUAUUGGAGACGGAAAUGGACAUUGUGGUUUGGGAGUAAAGUGUGCAAAAGAAGUUGCAACAGCUAUCAGAGGUGCAAUUAUUGCAGCAAAACUUUCUUUAAUACCAGUAAGACGUGGAUAUUGGGGAAAUAAGAUUGGAGACCCACAUACAGUACCUAUGAAAGUAUCAGGAAAAUGUGGAAGUGUUCGUAUUCGUUUAGUCCCAGCUCCAAGAGGUACACAAAUUGUUGGUGCUCCAACCACAAAAAAAAUGUUAAACUUUGCAGGAAUUAAAGAUUGUUUCUCAUCAUCAUGUGGAAAGACAAAAACUCGAGGAAAUUUUUUAAGGGCUAUUUUUAAUGCUUUAAGUAAAACAUACGGAUAUUUAACGCCUGAUCUAUGGAAAGUAACAAAAUUCGAUAAAUCUCCUUAUGAAGAAUGGUCAGACUUUUUAGAGACAUAUCAAAACCUAAAAGGAAUUAAAGCUACCGUUUAG